GCAGUGUGAGGCGAGCACCGGCCACGGCGUGACACUAGCUCAGGCGCCUCCACCGCGUUCAGUUUUGGUUCUCGUACUCCACAUAAACCAAAAAACUUACACAUCUACUACGAAACAAACGCCUCGACGACUACCGACCCCUCAAACACCUGAGAGUGUGCCCCACCCCCACUUGACCGUCGCGACGCCUAGCACUUUGGCGGUACACACUGAUACAACUCUUUCUGUUUCAACAGUCGAUCAUCGACAAGCCAACCGUAAUCUUACUUUACGUGAACCGCGGAAUUUAACCUAAUUGUUGUCCGCUCUUCAGUUGUUUUUUGUUUUCUACUUCCUCUUUUUCGGUCUCAUCAGCUGUGCGUACGCGCGUGUGCAUGUGAACUACACUGGAACAUUGUGACAGUAGUUCAUUCAGGUGCAUUUUUAAGGGUUAUUUUUUCAGUUUCUCUUUUGUUGGUUUUGUUUAUUAUUUUUAAUCGGAUUGCUACUGAUGGGUUUCUGGAUGCCGGAAAUAUCGAUUUGAAGAUCGAAUUUUCGCAACGCCACCCCAAGGAGCACCCCACAUAUUGAACCGUGGAGUCUGCUUUUAUAAACAGGAAGAGAGGUAGGCAUCCUCUGGGUGACAACACGUCUCCCCCGCCUGCCGCUACUCCACCACCGCAAUUAAAGAAGUCUCGACACGACGACCCCGGAUCUCAAGCGGCCGUCGGUAUAGAUAUUAUGGAAGCACCCCUGGGUGUCUCUCACAGUCAAAGUAUGGAUUCUGUAAACACUAAUAACGGCGAGGAAGAGGUGAGGACGUUAUUUGUGAGUGGCCUACCAAUGGAUGCCAAGCCUCGGGAAUUGUACCUUUUAUUUAGAGCAUAUGAGGGUUAUGAAGGAUCAUUGCUCAAGGUUACAAGUAAAAAUGGAAAAACUGCUUCGCCAGUGGGCUUCGUGACGUUCAAUACCAGGGCAGGAGCGGAAGCAGCCAAGCAAGACCUGCAGCAGGGCGUAAGGUUUGACCCCGACAUGCCACAGACCAUCCGACUCGAGUUUGCUAAAAGUAAUACGAAGGUUAGCAAACCCAAACAGCAAGCUGCUAACGCCGCCAACACGCACCCAACUUUGAUGCACCCCCUCACCGGACAUUUGGGAACGCCAUUCUUUCCUGGCGCCCCAGAAUUAUGGCAUCAUCCGUUGGCAUACAGCGCUGCAGCAGCUGCAGAGUUACCAGGAGCAGCCCUUCAGCAUGCCACUCUGGUCCAUCCGGCACUUCAUCCACAAGUGCCGCCUUCAAUGACGAUGCCGCACCCAACUGCUCUAACAUCGGUACAUGCGGCUUCGUUACCACAUUUUCUACCGAGUCCUGCCUUGGCUUCUCCUGUAGGUUCGUCAUCUUCACAACCUGGAAUGGGAGUUAGCAACCCGCCUUGUUCCACACUAUUCGUGGCCAAUUUGGGCCAAUUCGUGUCUGAACACGAGCUCAAAGAGAUUUUUGCAAGCUUCCCUGGCUUCUGUCGCCUGCGCAUGCACACGAAAGGUGGAUCUCCCGUCGCCUUCAUGGAAUACCAAGACGUGAGAUGUGCAGCGCACGUAAUGGCUGCGCUCCAAGGCUCGUUUCUCCUUUCUUCGGACCGCGGACCCAUCCGAAUUGAAUACGCCAAAAGCAAAAUGGCAGCAGAGGGAACAAAAGGAGAAGAAACUGGACAAUCUUAAUUCGUACAUGCCUCUAACUACUUGACAGCAACAAAACAUGAUGGUGAUCACGGGACACUGCUGAAGGAGUCCAAGAAAAUAUAAUAAAAAAAACAGAACCGGCUGUUGUUGCAACACUCUUAUAGAGAAUCCUCAAAUCUAUCUCUGUUGACCGUUGUAGUUAUAUUUAGAAUUAAAAAAUAUCUUACAGUAAUCCAAAUGGUUCGCAAGUGAUUCAAACUUGAAUAUUGACUUUCAACGGUCUUUAAGAUCAAUUAAACUGUUUGAGUGAAUUUUAAUGAUAUUUACAUUUUAAAGCUGUUUGGAUCUUUCCAACAUUCCUGUCAUGGAAUACUUGCGAACCUACUUGAUAUACGUGAUAAGUAAAAGUGAACUGCAUCAAACUAUUUGAGCAGGUUGCUUCAAUACUUCAUUUUCUUAAUAUAUAAAAUGAAAUUAAGCUAAACCAAAGGUGCCCUAAAAGUUAAGUUUUAUAUUUUAUUAGAUUUUUCCAAGGUGUAAGUGAAGUUCUAUUUUUUCAAUACUAGAAUAGUCAAUACACUAUCAAUUUACAAAUUUCUUGUUGAAUAUAGGGUGGUAUCUCUAAUAGAAGAAAGAAAAUAUCAAUUUUAUCCAAAAGUAUAUUUGGUCUGAUUUUUUAACAUAUCAAGAUGUGCUCAUUAUUUCGAGCUAACUUGUAUAAACAAUAAUUACAUAAGUUUCGAAAAAUGAAUAUAUAGUACUUUCCUUACACCAAGGAUUGUUUCUCGAGCUUUCUUUACUAGUAGAACCUAUUGAUAAUCAUCUCAGAAUAGUAUUUAUACUUUUUAAUAUAUUUCUGAUUUUAAAUUUGUAGCAAUAAACCAAUGACUAAAGUAAAACCAAGCCAGCAUAACACGUACAUGGCAGGUGAAAAAAGCUUAAUAAAAAAGCAGACAUAUCAUUAAUUUAAGCGUACCGCACCUGCCUCGUGUAGGAAAAUUUCCUUGUCUAUUAUCAAAAAAUAGUGAACUUGAUAUAGACGGUUAUUGUUCUUUUUUAGUUUUUUCAUGCUAUGGCUUGAAUUGAAAAAUUGAUAGAAUUUUUUCUAGAUAAUAUAUAAAAAAACAAAAAAAAAUAAAUCUGCGUAAGUUAGUUCUAGUGAGUACAUUGUUUUUUGAUUUUAAACAAGACAAAGUAAUAAGUUUCCUGAAAUUUCUGCCUUUUCCAUCUAAAUGGCACGAUAAAUUAAUAUAAAUAAACUCUCGUUUUCGAAAUUUAAUUUUUGAUAAUAUUAAAUAUAGAUAAAGCUUUUGCUUACUUCUAGAGAUCUUUAUUAGUAAUAUUGAGCAUUUGUUAUCUUGCAAUCUCAAAAAUGGAUAAUGCAUGAAGUUAUAUUUAAGAGAAAACUUAGAAGUUUUAUAGUUUUUAAGUGAAUAAAAUUAUUGAUAUCUCAGCUUUUAGUUUGUGAGAUGUAACAGUAAAGCAACGCUGAUAGUUUCAUCAGCUUAAUAUUUUUCUUAAAAAUUUGUUCUAUUCUAUCCCACAUCUACUGACAUACACACACUUAAUGAUUGAAUUUUGUAAAUGAGCCGUUCGCUAUUGUUUUGUAUCCAGCACAUGACAACAAUCAUUGAAUAUCAUUUUGUCAUUUGUAUAAUUAAAUCAUUUUCUUAAUCUAAUUACUUGACACUUAACAGUGGAAAAUGAAGUUUCAUUGUUUUCAUAACAAAAAAACUCAUAUCAUAUAAAAAAUAUAUCACGCAUCGUUUUCUAUGUAAUCAAUGUAUUCGUUGAUUUUGCUAAAACCGAUAAGCACCUGAUGGAUAGACGGCGUGUGUGUUUUGGCACUCAUCCCAAGUCAACAAGUUCGGACUAAAAAAAAUUACUAACGCAAUUAUAAUUUUUAUUUCCUCGCGUAAAAAAAAAGACAAGUUUUUAACUUGAUGUACAUGUAGUUCAAAAAUACUUUUCUCCAUCAGAGAAAAAUUUCUUACAAAUUUAGCGAAAUAUCCAUUGAUUUUGAAGGCUCAAAAAAUAUGAUACAAAUCUGCGUUAACUUCUAGAAAACAAACUAUCAUUGUUCUGAUUAUUUCAUCAAUCGCUUUUUCAAUACAAUAACAAAACAAUAAACGGUUAACAGUAAGAAACUAUCAUUUUUGUUCUACUGAAUAUGUUCACUUUUGUACCUUUUCAUAGGAUGUAUGUACCUUUAUUAUAACACGAGAGAUUAACAAAAGUUAUUAAUAACUCUGUCAAUUAAUUGUAUAUAUAAAAAAAUGUUAACUGAUAACAAUACAUAUCGACACUGGAAACAAUACAUAUGUAACAUUAACAUAAUUCCUAAUAUAAAUUUUAAUGUUGCAUCCUUAUGUGGUUUCUCUCUACUUGUUUUUUCAUGAUCUUCUUUCACGUGAACACUAUUUUCUCCAUAGAUUCGCCUAUAUUUCGCACUAUUUCUUCUAUUAUUCUACCAGCCACCUUAGUUGAUUCAUUCUUAUCAUAUGUCCAUACCAAUUUAAAGCUCUUUAUAAUAUGAAUGUUUGUCAUAUAUGCAAAUGUGUAGAUUUCUAAUGCUGUCCUAUAUUAUUUUGCCUCCUUUUUUCUAAAUUGUUUCAUUUUAAUAGCACCAAUUACGCUUUAAUCAUGUUAAUGCUGCUUAGAAUUAGAUAGAUUGAGAUAAUAUGAUACAAAUGAAAACACAAGAUAUGGAUAAAUCGACAGAAGGUUUUAAAAAAGCUGUAGAAAUACUAAAUGCCUACCAAAACUAGAUAACAGGUGAUUUUUUACAAGUAUAUGAAGAUUGAAAUACAAUUAGUAAAUACAAUAAAAGAUGACUACAACCAUAUAAAAAAAGAUGUAUGUGUUCCAGAAACAUAAAUAAGUUUGAUAGUGCUACAUAAUAAUAUAAAUUUGGAAGAAAGAUUGCUGUGAAAGUGGGAGAUAAAACAAAAAAGGAAGCUGUCGACGCAAUUAUUAGAUGAAAAAUGAUGAAGAAGAAAAAAUAAUACCGGAUAUGAUGAUAUUGAUGGGCGAAAAAUAGCUGUCGACAUAAAGGCAAUAUUAUUUGAAAAAUAUAACGCCCCCGAGAGCAACAAACAAAUGGACAUUGGAACAAGAAACCUUAGAAUGAAUUAACUAUUUCUACAAUAAUGCACGUUAUAUAGAAAAUAUACAAAACUAAAAUUAAAGCAAUUGAAAUAAAUUAUUUGGAAAAAGAAAAAUGAAGUGGCAAAAAUUGAGCUGUUAAUAACAUAUGAUGAGACAUGGAAUGACCAGAAAAAUAAGGGAAGUGGAUAAACCAAGGAAAAAGUAAAUAAUAUAAUCAAGAAGGUUGACCUGAGAAAAUAGGAUAUACUGUGAAAAAAAAAGAAUUAGUCCGAGUUUCAGUUUGACACUUUCAAAAAGAUUCAAUAGUGGUCUCCAACAUGUCACUUGAAGUUUUUUUAAAUAAUUUAUUAAGGAAGGAUAAGUACAAUUUUUACAUAUAAGUUGAAUUUCAAAUGUUGCUUUGUAGAAAACUACACCAUAAGUUGUCUAGAUGAUAUUAUAUUUUGACUCGAUAUAGAAUCUCUUGAAGUAAUUUGCUUACUACUAGUCUAUAUCUACAUUCAAUAUUCAAUCUCCUAUACUACUUACCAGUAGAUCGUAAUUCCAAUCUAUAUUGAAUAUAAUAUCGUGCAUAUCGUGAAUAUCUAUACGUAAUUAAACUCUAUGAAUGAAAAGUACUGCAACAUACUAUGAAAUAUCAAUUGUAUUGCUUCCAGUGGCACAUAUAUAUCGAAAAAAAUAUAUAUAGUUCAAAAAAAUAUCUCUAAUACUAUAAGACAUCACAGUUUAAAACUGAAUAACUUUUGCUUACCUAUGAUAGAGCACAUUAUAUUUCGAAUAAACGAUAUCACUAACGAUAUUUUUCUGUCAACUAUCGUGAUAACAAAAUAAAAUAUCUAAAUUAAAAACUGAAUCCGACCUGAAAAUAUGCUUUAUAUUUUAAUAUGGGUACAUAACCCUUGGUUAACCAAAGUUUAAGUUAGAAUAACCUUAAUAUGUAUUUAUUUAAGACAAGUUGUAUUUUAUAUUUACUAAUAGUUUGAAUGUAUUAUUUUUGUAUAAUUUUAUAAUUUUUUACAACUGGUACAUCAGUCAAAAAAUGUAUAAUGUUGAAUAUUUUGUACAUGGCGAUUCAGACAUUCAUAAACAAAAAAUUACAAUCUAUUUUUACUUAAAGAAAUAAAUAUAAACAGUGAUUCUUCUUAUCGUUCGUUUUCUUUACUGAUUCGCUGUGUACAUAUAAUAAUAAUAAGUAGUUUAUAUUCUAUGGUAGCAUAGUGCUUUUUGUGUGAAGUUUAUGUGAUAUAUCUAUUACUAUCAUUAUAGGUGUAUUUUUAGAAUGGGAUUUAUAUCCCUUAAUAGGUAAUCUCCACGGUAAGCAAUCUAUUUUUAUGUAAAAAAUUAAAAACGAGGUUUUGAAAUAUGUUUAUAAAACAGCUAAAGAAACAAUGAAAAAUAACCAUAAAUAAUUUUGGAAAUAUCUAUCAUCUGGUUAUUAUUGUCAUAAAAGUAUAAUUUAAAUCUGUUAUAUUUACUAUCAACUUAAACGGCAAGGAAAUCAUUUUGAUCCUACAUUAAAUCAUUUAUUUCAGUUUCAUUACUCUAAAAGUAGGGAAACCUACUCUUGCGGGGGUAAAGAUAAGGUAUUAAGUUAGAAAAUAUAGUUUUUACAUACAUUUAUAAAAAAAAUUACAGCUCCAACGCUUCAAAGAUAGAGAACAUUUUGAAUUUAGGAUAGAAAAAUCUCCUUCAAUAGUUUUAAUUAAAAUCACAUUGAAUGAUCUAAAAAUAUUUCAUUCAACUUUACAACAUGGUAUGUAAUGUUAUGUGUUGUUACCCGCAAUAUCUUUGCAGCCGAAUGUCAACAGUUAUUAUUCAUUCCUUGACUUACUUCCAUGAUUUUUAUAUCAUUUGAAGUUACCUGAAAAAAUUUUUAUUUAUUGUCCGACGAAUGGGCUUCUUAUGCUGGAAUUGAUGAUAUAGUUACAUCAGAUAAAAGUUGUUAAAAAAGUGGUUUUCGACAAGGGCCACCGUUUCUAAGAUAUAACGUAUGAAAAAAUUGUAACCUACAUGUGGAAUACAUGGCUUCUAUCGUGUUACAUGGUAUGUUUAUUUCACGGUCUACUGUAAUAGUUUUUAAAUUCAAACUAUUGAAUAAUAACAAGUAAUAAUAUUAGAUAGGAAUGAUAAAAACGGUUUUAAUUUAAAAACGCUUCUUUUCCUUCUUGUUCUUUUUUUAUGUCGAAGGAAAAUGAAUUCCCUAAAUAGCGUUCCAUAAUAUUUCUUCUCGAUAGUAUCGAACGAAUUAAACUCUAUUGCUGAUUCAAUAUUGGAUGAAGAGUCGCAUUAAGAGCUAAUGUUGUCAGAGGUGGUUUGCAUAAUAAAAAAUUCGGAAAAUCGAAAUUUUCCUCUAUUAAUUUUUUUAUAUAUAAUAAGGAAAAAGACGAUAUAAAACAACAACAACAAAACACUUACAAAUUGUUUAAUUUAGCUACAUGUACAUAAUUAAAAGAACAAAAAUAUGUAUUUACUUGUAAUCUAUCCGCAACCAGUCACAUGAACGGAGAGGGUUUCGCAGAAUCAAAUGCAAUGAAGAAAUUAGAUACAGAGUUCUAAGUAAACCAAUACAAUAAUUUCAUUGAACAGACACAUACUUGAACCAGAUACAAAUAUGUAACGAAGCAAUUUCUGAGAAAUAUUUAAUGGUUUUCGUUAUAGACGUUCUGAGAAAAAUAAUCUUAUUUUUAUUUGAAUUUAUUCAAAAUAACAAAAACCAGUUCGGAUAAUCGAACGUUUGGAUAAUUGACGUUCGGAUAAACGAAGCUCUGCUGUAUAUGCAAGAGAUUAAAACUUUAGUGCAGCCUCGUUCAAUAAUACAUCCCUUUUCACAAUUACAUAAAAUUUUGUGAGGAGUUCUUGAUAUGCCUUGGGUUUCAAUGUUAUUUCGAUUAAGUCUCAAUCCCAGUCUUUACGAUGUGUAUCACAAUUUAUCUAAGUAGCUAAUUUUUUAAGAGCUGCGUACAUUUGUCGAAAGGCUUUGUAAGAAAUAUUACUUUUUUGGUGGGAGUUCGAGUAAUACCACUGAGUUACAUCCUCAUUAACAACAAUUCUAAUAUUUGUUACAUUGUUGUCCUGAUAUCCUGUUGUUUCAAUCAUAUCGAGCAUUAAUUUCUUCCAUUAACAUGAAACUACCAUAAAUUUAGCGAAUAAAUAUCAGUUAUUAUUUUAGUCGAAAACUUUGUUUGAGUCUUAGUAUUUUAUCUUAUAACAUAUUCAUCUAAAAUAACGUGGAAUGCUUCUUCAUUACACCACAGAAGGCGGUGCCAUUUUAAAUAAUGCUGUUUAUCUUAAUUAUAAUAUUGGUAUCAAUAUUCACUAUUUGGAAAUAAUCAUGAAAAUCUGAUUCUUGUUUUUUACGCAUUCUCAUUUCGUUUAUUUAACUUGUUAUAAAGAUUGGAUUUGUAUACGUGGCGUAUUACGAACAUUACAAGUUUUUAGACUGUUAAAUAUAUCUCAGAAUCAGUGGCUCUAAGAGAUUGAUACGUUUUUUAUAGUUAAGUAUAUGAAUUACAAUUUGUGUCUUAUCUCGUUUUAUGAUAAUAUCUGAUUUUAUGAUAUAUACUAAUAUUUGACCUUGAAUAACUUCCUCUUCAAGUACAGGAUCAAGAUGAACUUAUAAUCUUAAUUUAUUUAUAUUCGUGUACAGAAACUUUUUUUAGCUUCCCUGCAGUUUUUAGAACUAAUCUGACCGAACUGUACAUUGUAUCAUUUAUUUUGAGAAAGCUAUAUAAAACAAAUAACAUUUACAUCAAUAUUCAAAGCUUGGAGAAAAUUUUUUGCUCAAAUUUAGAAAUAUACAAAAAUACGUUGUCACGUCCUCCAAAUUGUAUCUUUUAAUUCCAGCACAAACGAAAUUAAAUUGACUACCAAAACAAUACGAAAUAUAUUUCUAUUUCUAUCCCCUAUAAAUUUUUGAAACAGCGUAUUUGUCUUUAAAGAAUCGAACUUGAAUAAAGUUAUAAAAUAAGAUUCAGGCACCGCAAGUGCAUUUUUCCGUAUAACCAACAGAUUCUUGUCGUGAGAACAUAUUAAUAUCAAUGCGACGCGGCGGGUGUGGUGGCUAUUUUGACGAUAUUAUUAACACUGCCACCUCGGUAGCUACAUCUCUGCUCCUUUCGAAAAUACCAUUUAAAAAAAUGACCAAUCUUCCGGAAAUAUCGGCUGAGAGAAACAUUGCGUAGAAACUUUUUGAUCGAUUAUGGAUUAAUUUAUAACCAUAAUAAUUUUCCUAUACAGCUUCUUAUAACGCUUCUGUUUCAUUGUACGAAAUAUUGAAUACUUAAUGGAUUGAAAAAAGGUUAUUAAUAAUAUUUUUAAAACAAAUUAGGCUUAAAUACAUCUAUUUUCAUAACAGUAAAGCCACUUAUAACAUGUUGGCACGGAAGAGUAAGGAAUAUUUACAUUUUGAAUAAUUGGUAUAGUAGAAAUACCGAAAGUUAUAAUAAACAAAUUAGUAUUUCUUGGAAGUUUUAACCAACUAAACCUCUUGAACUGUUAAUGACGAUGUAAUUAAUGUUUCUUUCUAUUUUAUUAUAGUUCUACCUCGUUUUUUCAUAUAGUUAUUAAUGAAACUUAUAAGUAGUCAGGUAGGCUAAAAUUAGAUAUAAAUUACUCUUUUUAUAUAAUUAAUUAUAGAUAGCGUACCGUGGUUCUAACUGCAGAUAAAAAACAUGUCGCUCUCCCAUAUCAUUUUUACUAAAACAGAUAUCUCUGCCAGGUGUCUCAAAAUAUUUCUGUAUUUUGAUCUCGUUGAUGGAAACAGAAGUUACCAAUUUUGGUGAAUAUAAUCAAAAGAGUACGGUGGAGUAAAAAUUAUGGGAAACAAUUUAUCCAAAAAUUCGAUUUGUGUUUCGACAAUGAAAGGAUUGUUUGACAAAUAUUUUGAUUCUCUGGUUCCAUACAGGGUUGUUUUUUACCUUCAAACGUAUUUUUCUUAUAUGGACUGAAAGGGUAGAUCGAAACAAUUUUUAUCAUAAGUAAAAAUAUGUAUAAUAAUGCAAAUAGAAUGGCUAUGAAACCUUUUUGAUCAGAUGAAAAAAUAUUUAAUUAUUAAAAGUUUCUAUGUGUUUUCACAGUGCAUUAUUAUGAUUAUCAAUUAUCAAAUAAAAGUCCUUGGUUUAAAUACAAACAACUUGUUAAAUCUAAUAUUAUAGAUUGAUAGUCUCCCAGAAGGGGCUUUGCUGAUAUACUUGGAUAUGAAAGAGAUAUCUUACGAUUUAUCCUUUUUCUGAUAUUCUAUCUGAUGCAAUAUUACCUUUGUGUCUAAUCUUUAUGCCAAUUACUGUUUUCCUCGGAUAAUAAAUAUCUUCGUCCUCACCAUAUUUAUUAAGCAGACUUAUUUUCAAAAUUCAACACCUCUCUAUUCAUUUAUAAUAAACAUGAACUUCCUCCUGCUCUUAUGAUGGAUAAGUUUCUAUAAAUAUAACUAUUAAAGUAUUUCAAUUCAGUCUUUCACACAGAGGCUUCUAAAACUUCCAAUAAUGUCUGAUAUGUUAUCACUAAAAUGCAUCAUAUAAAUAGUACUACUUGGUUGCCCAUUUCAUAUAAAUGCUCGUUUUAUGAUACAUACUUAUUGAGGAGAUGUUCAGAGAUCCUAAAAACUUUAAAUAUGUCUGCAAUUCACAUUAAAAAAUUUAUAUUUUUAUUGAUUAUACGCAAUAAUUUCUUCAAAUCCUACACUUCUUAGCAGAAAGUUUGGGGCUUCAAUGUAUGGAAAAUAGGUAUUUCUUAUAUGAACUUGUAUUUCCACGCUCCCGUCUUCAUUCUAGUUUUUCCAACGGUUGAAAAUACUUCUUCUUAGUUACGCUCGUCAGUGCAGAUAGUGUGAAAAUGACCUCGAAAAUUUGAGGUUACAUCAGCAGAGACCAUUGAAUUCAACAUCAAUGCAGAAGAACUUUUAAAGCAGUGAAUUUUGCGAACUAUGAGAAUCAUUCAAUUUCUUCAAAAGUAUGUAAUUAAUUCACAUAUUCAUCACUUGUAGUUACAAAAAUUUAAAGUAAAAAAUUAAAUUGAAAAGAAUGGUUGAAUGUUCACUCUCUUGAAAACGGCUUAUUUCACGGCAAUAUACUGACUUCUUUUUUUCUUCAAUAUUCCUCUUUUUUUCUUUCCUUAAUAAAAUUUUCAGAGUGCCAUUUAGAAAAGAUUUUGUUUUUUUGGUCCAAUAUAAGGAUGACAUGGAGCUACAAGAAUACAGUUCUAAAAAUUUAUUGUUAGAAGACUGCGAAUGGGCUAUAAAAUAUCCUUACUUACUACUCCUGCAACUGUACUAUGUAUUGAGCAGAAAAUGAAAAUGAGAACUACGCUUCAAAAAUAUUUUUCCCAGUUAUUUCACUAAAGCUUUACAAUUCUUUUUUUUUUUCAAGCUAUGAUAUGUCAUGUUCCUUUUCCAGUUGCCAUAAGCUGUUGAGGAUCUAAUUUAAAAUAGAAAUAUUUUCCAUAAUAACAUACAUCUAACUGUUUUAUUUACUUUCCCUUCUCAAUUACGACAUAGUUUUCACUAAAAAAAUAUUUGUGCUAACUCUGGCAUUGUAAAGGUAUACAAAAGUUAUCAACAAUCACAAAUAAUGAGAAUUAUUAUUCUAGUUAACAUUUUUAACCAAUUUUAGUGCUUUAAUAGUUGAAAAAUGAUUCAAUCUACUCCUAUCUUUCUAUAUACGAAUUCGUUUACAAUAGUAUGGAUAAAAACAAAUCUUAUCGUUAGUGCUAAGACAACCCUGUAGGUAAAAUAUUGAGAUGCGAGUAGCGAUUGUUCUGCGUUGAAUUUCCGUCCAAACAUGUCCAAUUCUGGCGCAUGUGCAGCUCAAAACGAGCUAUAAUGGGUAUGGUGGGUGCGGAUCGCGGGUGAUCAGGCCAAGAAAACAUACUGUAUUUAUGUUUACCGGCCGCUUUCGGGGACUAUUAUAAAACAUAUCAGCUUAAUUAUUGAUAAAUUAUAAUACCUGUUAAUAUGCAAUCCGACCUUUAUUAAAUGUCGUCUUGUAACUGUGUUUUUUAUCUUCAGAGUUAAGUGUAAAAUUAUAUGUUCUUGUCAAAUAUAUUGUGGGAAAUAUUUUGUAACCUUGAUGUAAAACCUUAACAACUUCAAGAUAGGACCAAUAUAUAACUUUGCAAAAAAAAUCAAUACUACCAAACAUAAUAACCUAACUAACUCAGUUCCAAUGCAUUGAAUACUAGAAGUACUCAUUAACGAAAUCAUUGAGAGUCUAAUUGGUGACCGCUCAAACCCUCCAAAAUCGUGAUUUACAUGUACAUCAUGAUAUAAAUCUUAAUUAACAAAAUAAAAGUUCCAAUCUUGGUCGCCAUCUCAUUAAUCCAAACAACCAGGCUUCAGAUCGAUACGAUUUAUGCGAAUUCAAAUAAAGAAGCUGGUAUAAAAUGACAGUUGGGUGAUUAUUUUAUCUUCUGUAUAAUUUAUUAUAAAAAAUAUAUUUUGCACCAUCACCAACACCAACCACCUCUAAUGUAGGUGAAUUAUUGGUGUAGAAGUUGUGCUUGGUGUUAUUAUUAUUUUUUAUUUCGCCUAUAUCAUUACCUAAUUUAUUUAUGUUAUUUCACUAUAUCCCGUUCUAAAAUUAAAUUAUAUGGAUUUCUAUAUAAAUAAAUAAUUAUUUCAUAGUCAAUUGCUUAAUUGACGAUAUGUUAAGGUUAUACAAUUAGGGCUAAAUGAUGUGAUAAAAUUAUCAACGGUUUUAUAACUAGCCACAAUCGCCUUCUCUGCUUUAGGUAAUAGGUUUAUAAAAAAAACCACUUUCUAAACAUAUCAUGAUCUGUGCCCCUUUGUCAAGUGACGUCUUAAAUUUUAGCAAUUAAUAAAUAUAAAAAAAGAUUUGAUAAUAUUUAAGAUAUGAUUAUGAAUUUACAAUUUAAAGUUAUGAUAAAACAAAUCUUUUAAAACUAGCUGUGUCCUCUUUUAAGGAAAUUUUAAGAAAAUGCGUUACUUAACAUAAAGUAUAUUCGAAUUUCAUUGAACGUAGUUAUUUACGUUAAAAAAAUAUAAAACUGCAUGACUAGAUGUGGACUUAAGAAAGUUUGCCAAUAUCCCUAAAUCUGUUAUUAGUAUAAAAUAAAUAUUUGAAUAAUAUUUUUUAUACCAAUAUUUGUGAUCCGAUAAACGGUUUCAUCACAAUGAUUUAUAUAAAGUAUUGGUAUAAGAAUAUAAAGCUACAUACAGUACUGAUCAACAAUCAGUAAAACGAACCGAGCAACAAACAGUUUUGAUUACGACCAACCUAACAACCAACAGAACGUUCAUGCUGCUUCCUUAUUUUCCAGAGAGUAAUAAAAUAUGGCAAAAACUUACAGGAGCAGUAGCAUGUAGGUAUUUAUAUUUAUUGUUCGUUAACUGAGAAGAAAAAAUUGCAAUAAAUUUUUCUCACGUGCAUUUUGCUCUUAAUUUUAUUAUAAUUUCAAUAUCAAUCGAAUAAUAUUCUUUACACUUAAUUUUGUACAAACAAAGCAUUAAAAACUGAUAGAUAAAAACAGAUCUGUUCGCCGGUUUGCCUUGACCUGUCCAAAUUUACAAAAUCUUUCGCCUGAUUUUCCUUUGAUAUUGGAUUAAAAAACUGUUAGGAGUUGCAAAAUAUCUUUUGAGACCCGCCCUAAUGUUCCCAUUUUCUUUCAAUUUGAUGUUCGGCGUAAUGUAUGAAACUUAGUAAAUACGUUUACUGCAAACUUUAACUAGUGCAGGAAUAUUGCUUUAUUUUUGCUAAUUUAGCUUUCAGUUUUAUUGCGUAUAGAAGAAAAUAAUGAAUAUAUUUCUACUAGGUCUUAAAAAGAUUUAAAUAUUAGUCAACUUACAAUAACAUUGCCUAUGUACACACUGCGCAAAAUCUAGACAUAUUGACUAAUAUUUAUCCAACUCAAUUUGUUUAUCACAACUAGUUCGAUGUAAAAUUAUUUUUAUUACAAUUGAGUAAUUCAACUCUGUGAAAACUACUUAUCUUAUUUAAACAAAAAAAGAAUAAAAUAAUUCAUAUGUUCUACUAGAGCUUUCAGAUUAGAGCGUCGUUUGUGUGGAAUAUUUACAAUUAAAUUGUUAAUGUUGAUAACGGAAUGACUUUUCUCAAGGCGUACAUAUGCACUAAAAAUAGAAUCCAGAUAAUCAUACAUAAUGAAGUGAGAGCCUAUAGUUUCUAGAUAUAGAAUGACAAUUGGUUGUAGGAUGUUAUCAUGGUACGACAUACCUGCUAAGGAACCGUCCAGUAAAAUGAAAUCAGUUUUCGCAUCAAUACUGAUACCUCCCAAAAUUAUGAUCGUAUCGACUUGAUGAAAAGUUUAUAGGGCCUGGUUCUCUUCGAACACGCACUCAUAUCGAGUCUUGAUAAAUUUCAAAUCGAGAUUCCUGCUAGACCAACUUCCGUUUCUCCAUAGAAUGUGUUCUUAUGUUCAAACUAAGCGAGUUCCUCAAUUUCCCUUCCAACUCUCAAAUAGAAUUUUCAUAUUUUCACCUAAUUUGCUUGCAUGUAAUGUUCGAUGUAAUGACCUCAGCUGAUACUUCAUUUGGUGUUUAAUGUGAAUCUAAAAAGCAGAAACAUUAUGACUUCUCUUAGCUAUCAAUUACAAAUAAGAUCUUGUCCCGAAUAAGAGACACCUAUAGCCCGCGUCAUUUCAUCGUGAGUAAAAUGCAUUCAAUCCCUCAUUUCUAGUAGUGACUAUCACAAACUGUAAAAUCUAAUGAAAUCAACCAGUGGUGACAACGAACAAUAGCAGUAAAGGAGACAGUACACAUUGGCGUGUUUUGAUUUAUAUUCCAAGGUGAAAUAGAUGGUUUUACUGAUUUUCUCCGGCUUAGCUACAAUAUACAUGGAUUUUGCGUUGGUGUGUAUUAGAUCCAAUUACAGAACUCACUUAAACUAAUUCAACGUAGUAACCAAAUGUUUUUCAAGGUUUUAAGGUAUCAUUUUAUGUUUAGAUAUACAUAGAUUCAAUUUAAGAAAUAUUAUUUGUAUGCUACUAGAAAAAUAUAGAAUCCAUAUUUAGUGGGGUUCAUCAUGAGUCUGGCUAAUCCUACAACAAGGCAGACCUCAAUUAUUGAUGCAAAUAAAUGUUGAACAACAUAAAAACGUCAAUGAUCAUCAAAUGAAAUAAAACAACAAAGUGCAUCUUAUAAAGCAGCUGUUAAGAAGCUUGUAUACAUCAGAGUAAUCAAAUUAAGACACCUAGAAAGCCAUUAAAAUGAAAUGAACGUAAAAAAAUCAAAUCAAAGUCAAUAACAUCUAUUACAGUAUUGAUCUAGAGAAAUACGAUUUUCACUAUACAAACAAAAACAGAUCAGGUAGAGUUGAUUAAUAUAAUCUGAGACAACCCUAUAAUAAAUAAACAUGUCUUGUAGAAGUACUUUAUGAGAAUGAGAAAACUCAUAACAUCUAGGAAUACUUUUAUAGAAAAAAAAAAACUUAGAAAAAUUUCGGACGUGAGAUUUAUAUAUCAAAGUAUAAUCUUGUGUUCACCCAGAAACAAUUAGAAAUUUUGAAGAUAAUGAAGGUAAAUUCAAAUAUACUACUAUUAUUUAAUAAAGGAAUUAGUCAAUUAAAUGGGCAAUAAAAACGCAAUCUUAAUGCUUGAAAAUACGUAAUAGCAUUUUCUUAAAAACGUGAUAAUGCAGUGAAUGGAAUAAAUUAAAAAAUGAACUAACCGCAAAAAAAUUAUUUUAACAGCCGAAUUGAAAACGCUUAACUCACUAUUCACUUCAUGAUCAAUAACAGCAAAAUAUUAUGAAUAAAUUAAAUUAAUGUUGAAUAUUACACACGUUGAGUUGUUAACAUAAAAUAUUGUUAUCCUUAAAUGGUAAGUUCGAAAAAUUGUACGAUAUAUUUUCGGAAUUUAUUGGAAAGUUCUUUAUAAUAUAUUCAAUUAAAAAUUGAAGUAUAUGUGUUACAGUUAAAAUCCGUUUUAAGUUAAAUCUAGUUUUGACAAAAGAAGAUUAGUUUUCACAAACCCAUUCCGUUAAGACUUGUUUUACUGGUCAAAACUAGUGUUGACCAGUACCCUCGGCGUUAAAACUAGUUAUUUAUAUUUUUCACUAGGAAAUACUAGUAUUUACUAGUUUCUCAGUUGAAAUUAGUUUUCAAUGGAGAAUUCUACUAAUGGAAAACAGUGUUUCCAAUCGAAAAAUUGAUUGUUUUAAAAUUUUAUUCUAAUAGAAUACUAAAAAGUUAGAAUUUUUCAUAUUAUUUUUCUUUGUACAAACCGCGAUUAGUAACGCAAGAUUUUUUUCAGGAGUAUCUUACGAAACCUUGCCAUCCACCUAAGUUGGUGGAUGAUUUGCUAAAAGAUAAAAUUGUAUCUGGGACCCCAUCCAAUGGUAGAAAUACCUCCGUACUUACAGUGUAUUGAGAACUAUAAUACGGACUAUAAAUUUUAUUUUAAUUGACACUAGAUUACACUACCCAAUAAAAAGAUGAAGUUACCUCUAGUUUGAUUAGUAAAAACUAGUUUCAACUGGAGAGGUUGGUGAAAAAUAGUUUUCCCUAGUCAAAACUAACAUUGAAAACGGGCUUCAACUGUAACAUAAGCAUUACUAACGGGUAAAACAACUUAUAAUUUUGGUUUCGUUGUUUAUUCAGACUCUGGUUUGUGAACCAAUAUCAGUUAAUCAGAGGCUCUGCCUCGGUGGACUUGCCUUCAGAUCCAUCAGUGCUUGAAGUUUACCUAAACCCACAGUCAAUAUAUACGUAUAGCAGCUGAAUAUAUUUCUAAUUUCAUUAGUUUCUUUGUCAGAAUUUUCUAAAUUCAACUUUUCUAAUUACGUGUUCAAUUAUUGAAACGAAAACUCAUUUUAAAACAAAUAUUCUUAUUCUUAACUUUCUAUGAUACUUCGAGGUAUUCAUCUUGCAAUUACAUAAAACACUAUUCAUUAAAUAAAGUAGAUAUUUCAAAUUCAUAAUGUAAUAAAUCCAGUUAAAUAUGUUAGAUAACAUUUUCUUUCGCCGAAAAACUAUAUAACCUAUAUAAAGUUGUACAAAUGUAUAUUAUUUACAAUAUUAAUGCAGCUUAACAAUAUUCAACAUUAAAUUGAACCUCUCAUUUCAUAAGGAACUUCAAUAAAAAACAAAUUGCUUAUUUUACUGUAUAAUUUUAUUGCAGUUCCUAUUACAUCCGCUGUGCUAACCACCUGCUAGCUUAUCUAGUGCUGGUGGUUGUGUUACAAGCUAAACAGCUGCUAAUAUUAUAGUAUGUUUUAUAUAAGCAGUCAUUACCGGCCACUAUGUAGAUUGGAUGUGGAUUAAUAAGAAAUAUUUCAUUUUAAUAACGAGUACAGUUAGUUCAAAUUUAAUUGAGAAAAAAAUGUAAUUCAAGGCAACAUCUGUCAGUAUAUAGAUUGAAGUGUGUAAAAAGUCACAUUUUACUGUUGUAAAAGUGAGUUUCCCAAUAGCAGUAGUCUUAUUUGUAAAUUAUAAAUUUCCAAAAAUCGAUGAAUAAUAUUUAAAAUAGUUUAAGUAUAUAAUUUCAGAAGUGGUAUUUCUUAAAUUUCUAUUAGGGAUAUAAAGAAGAUUUGGUAAUUCUUUUGAUCCCUGAAUGUUUAAAACAAAUCUUGAGAUUUGGAUGGAAUUCAAUUAUUUCAGCAAAUAUUCAAUAUUCUCCAAAUAGUAGAUAAUUUGUUUUUAUUGCUGGUUGAGAAUGAUUCCAGAAAACAUACAAUUUCUUUUAAUGGUUCAAUAGAUAUUUUAUUUAUGAAUACCAUAGUAAAUUAACUAUUCCAAAGAAAAUAUGAAUUUCUGAUAUAAACCAAUGCUUUGGAUCUUAAAUUGAAUGUAAAAAAGUUGUGUUUUGAAAUCGUGUACAAUUUCUUCAACAUAAUAUGACUUUUCAGCAUUAUUAUAUAUAUCAUAUGAUAUAUAUCUUCAUGAAAUAGAUGUCUGUCGAUUUAUUUAUUGAAGUGAAUCACUCCUCUUCUCCAAUUUUUUUUGUUUUGUCCCCUGACAUCUUUUUCUCUGGUUUCCUUAUUCUCUAAGCCAGAUUGCAAUCCAUUCAGUCAUUUUCCUGAUCCUCUCCAAUGUUUUCUCCUAAUAUCAUCAGCCCAGCCUAUUAUAAUAUUUGUGCUUUGAUGUACUUUAUAAUGUUCAUCCUCUCCAUUAUAUUUUGGAGAUUUAAAGGGCAGCCCAGUCCGUGUCCUUUGAAAAUAAAUAUAAUCAGAUCGAAUGUCGGGUCGAAUCUCCAUGGACCUAGAGCUUUUAAGAAGAAUAAUUCGAAUAGAAAAUCAUCCAAACCUUUUUUCUAACUAGGUAGUUUUUGAUUUGUGUUCUUAUGUAUCCUCGUCUAACAAUAUCGAUGUGCACAUCGAUAGUUUUAGCUUCAAUGUGCUUAAAACAUUGCUACCAUCCCCUGUUUCUGCUCAACCCUAUGUUUAUUUCGCAUUUUUCUUCUUCAGUUUCAUGUAUUUAUUAUUCUAUUGGAAGCGGUUACCAUUGAUAGUACUAUUACUUGAAUUUUUGUUUUACUUCAACAUUCGUUCUAGUACCUAAUUAUUUGAAAACGCGACAAAGAUAAGAAAUACAAUUAGCAUAAAUUGGUGAUAAAAUUAUCACUAUUUGAAUAUAUAUUUUUGUUUAACUAAGUACAAAUAUAUUCUCAAAAAACACGCAAAAAUAUUAAUGGAACAAGUUGAAUUGCACAUAUCAAAUAAAUUUUAAAUUCUGUAACUUCUCAAUACUUAUUUGAACCAAAAAUAUGGAAUACCCUCAAAGAUGGUACCGAGACCUAAAAUAUUCUAUAAUAUAAAUAGACAGUUGCAGUUACUAAUUUUGUUUCAUUAUUCUUAGUGAAAUAUGUAGGCCGCUUGAAAUGAUGCAGAAGAACGUGCAAGAAAUUGCACGAAAGUUCUUAACGCCGCUUGACAUGAUGCAAUGAGAUGUGCAAGAAGUUGCAUGGAAUUUAUUGCAAGAUCAAAAUAGUGUGCAUAGACUAUUAUUUCCCAUUUCUUGACAUUAAGGCCGCUUGGCAUGAAGCAAUACAACGUGCAAUGCAUAUUUCUUUCAAUUGUUUCAUGCAAGAUCUCGCACUUGCAGCAUUAUCGGUUUUGUAUCAUUUUUAUUGCGUGCAAGAUGCAACUAGGGAGAAAUCUAGUUACUUUUGCAUAACAACCAACCAAAUAUUAGUCUUUGAUCAGCUGACUUUUGUAAAACUAAUUAUCUCGACCGUGAUAACAAAUAUGAGCAAAAACAAAAUCGAAAUAAAGUUAAAUUAUAUAGGACCAUUGUAAUUCUUUUUUUUUACUAAUCUCUUCUUCCUUAAAUUCUAUGGAACGAUGGAUUAACUUGGUUAUAUGCCUGAUUUCCAGAUAGGAGACUUCGGCAUGCUACCCUAUGGUAUUGAAUCUAAUUUCAUCUCCUCUCUUGCAACUUGUUUCAUAUUUUAUUUUUGACAUCUUAUUAUUGUUGUAUUGUGUACUUUUUCCUUGAUGUCUGCUUUUGAAUAUUUUUGCUGCUUACUAAUAAGUUUUAUGGUUUUUACCUACAUUUAUUAUAGAUGUAGAGCAAACUAGAGGAAUAUGUACAAAAGCAUCAUAUUAAACAUUUUGUAAGAAUUAUAGUAUAUUGGAAUAUAGUGCACAAUUUUAAAUAAAUAUUGAUAACACUUUAUGAUAUUAUAGAAAUUGAAGAUACUUACCUUCCGAGCUAAAUACAUUUUAACAACACUACUGAGAAAUUUUAUUAUGUGUUGGUUCUAAGUUAGGUUUUAGACACAACUCCGUGGUAAUGAUGAUAAAAAUGUGUAAAGCUAGUAUAAGCAUAUAUUGUAAAAAAAAUGAAAA